UUGUAUGCGACAUCCAUCACGUAGCUGCACAAGGCAACUUGCUUUUUUACCGGCAGAAGUGUAAGGAUCUGUAAAGCUCUUCGUCUGCAAGUCCAUGGAACCGAGAGACCAAUGAAGGGAACAUGUAAAGAGUAGAAGCAGUGUGACCGCCCCCUCCCCGCAUAACCUUUUUGUUUCAGAACGAUCACGUACAUGACCUCCCCAUUGCCCUGCUCUCUGCAGUGCAUGCUCUGCAGGACUUCGAGAGCCCAGCAGCCCAAUAAGAAGCAGCAGACACGGCCAGUUCCCACCAACCACAUCAUUGCCGUGAAUGUAACCUAGUAAGUAAGCUUGGGCUACCUCGGGCUAGAUCCUGCAGACUCCUAUCUUGCGUACUGUGUGUUUCAUUCCAUCUUGUUUCAUGUUUAAUCCGUUUUGUUUGGCCCCUUUGGACUUGGUGUGUGUGUGUGUGUGUGUGUGUGUGUGUGUGUGUGGUAGUAUACGUAAUGUCCAUGACCACCCUCCCCCACUCCUUUUGGCAACCCCCGCGUGAUAUGGAAACGCCGCAGACUAGCUGAUGAAUGCAUCUGAGGACUUGGGGCGGAGUCGCCGUAGUGGAGAGACAUCAAUAGUGGCUGACGCUUCCACACCGCCACACCGCCACAUUGGGCCCACUGCCCACACUAUUGGCCUCCCAUCUCGAAUAGCGCAGAGGAAUCUUGACUAUCUUGACUGCGUGGUCCCCAGUCCAGCUGAGCAAGUAUAUGCAUAGAUUCAAACAAGACACGACAAGAAACAGGGAUCGUGGUGGCAAAACAAAGUUUUCGGAAAAUUGCUGCGGCAGGUAUCUGAGGAGAACAAGAGUCAGAGAAAAGAAGUAUAGAAAAAAAGCCCUGCAUCAUCCAUCAAUCCACCCAAGCCCCAGUCCAUUUUUUUCAUGCAAACGAUAAAAGUUUUCCUUUCACCAUGCAAAUGCCCAAUGUUUACCCUUACUGGAUACCCGCUAACACUCAACUCAUGCUACAAAAUCUCCUGACCCCAACCGUAUGUCUACUCAUCGAGUCAAAUAUUCUACAUUUACCUUCGUGUCAUGUUCUCCCCUCAAAGUCAUUAUUACUAUGCCGCACUGAUUGCCGUAAAACACUCAUG